UUGGAAUUCUUUAAAGCAAUUUGCUAUUCCUCAUGACAUUAUUUAAUACAUGUAGCUUAACCUAAAAGCAUUAAACUUAUAAAAACGCAAAAAAAGAAAAUAAUGAUUGGUCGGUUUAUCGUGGUCGGUAAGAAAUUAACCAGAUUCUUGAUUUAGUACGAUUUUGAUUUGAUUUAAUUUAUUUCAAUUUGAUUUGUUCAGUUGAAAAUAAUAUUAUGCGAUAAAUGUUUUGGGCAGAAAGUGAAUGUCCGGAAUCGCAAGGUUUCCCUGAUUCAAAUUGGAAAUUCCGUCACAUUCCUCCUGCAUAUAUACGUGAUGCAUUUCGGAUGUGCGCUAUGAAUUGGACGUUGUGUUUCGAUUGGGUAAUAAGUGAUAAAAAUAUAAACGAAGAGAUCAGUUGGAAUUUGCAUGGGCAUUCGAGAGAUGCCAGAUUGGCAAAAAAGUUUGUGAAUUUAAAAAUUCAGUUACAAUGGAGUGAAUGGUCAUCAUGCGAGCAAGGUACUACAGUGAGAACUAGAGAAGGUCACUGUUAUUUGAGGAAGAUAGAUCCAAGUAAAGAUAUCGGUCAGCUGGUAAAUGGUGUAUUUACUGCCUAUGAUCUCUUCAACUGGGUGACAAGGCUGAAGAAUCAUAUGUCAGAAAUUCCCGAAUUCAGUAUUACUGGCAUGCGUCUUUACAGUGGGUUGGUAUCAAAACUAAUUCAUGAAGGCGCAUUCGGUGAUGAUAAAACGUAUGAUGAUUGCUAUAGUAUGGCAGAUAUGUUCUUUAAGAAGCCAAAAGCGACGAAACGCUGGAUUGCUGCAAUUUUCGCAGCAUUUGGAAUUGAUGAUGUCGAAUCAAUGCUGAAAACGAGUGAUCGAUUAUGCCUGUAUUAUUAUAACAAGCCGACAAUACGAACAGAUAAAGCACCAGCUAGCGUUUUCGUUGGUACCCAUCUUGUGGACACCCAACGUUGUCCAGUUCUUUAA